UACACCAGUCUUACAACCGCGAACGACACCUGCCCCAAAAAGUGCACGAAAAUUGCGAUCGGCUACUUGUGACGCAACUUCCGGCCGGGUUACCUCAUUGCUGGGUUCGGAAGCUCACUCGCUCCCAUUCCUUCAGCCCGCAGUGAAAGGGUCGUCGUUACUUUUACCCUCGCGCAGCCUGCGCGCUGCGCUUGCGCCCGGUGCACCUCUACCUCUCUUAUAAAUUCGGUGAAGAUACUAUAGUUUGACAUUACGAAUUCGGCGGUUGUCCCAUCCGGCCGUCCGAUACCGCGUGUGCUGUGCCCAGUGAUUUAGUUUCCAACACGCAACGAGCAUAAUAAACAAACAGAAAUGAAAUUCACGAUUACAUUAAUCGCUCUGCUGAGCGUUACAACGUCCUGGGCUAAGAAAGAAAAGAAGGUGGAUGAACUGAAAGACAAGAGAGAAGCGCCAGUUGGAUAUGCUGGAUCGUCACACAGUUACCAGGCUCCGUCGCUGAGCAACGAGGGUGCUAGCGCCAUCAGCAUCGGGGCUGGCUACAGCGUCGGUGGAGCCAAACCCAGCUACUCCAGCUAUGAAGGACAAGGAUUUAGUGGAUCUCAUUCAUCCGAGAGCCUGCCAGGCAGCGGCCACGCGACCAUCCAGCUCGCGCCGAUCACACUGCAGCCAAGUCACGGUGGCCUAGUAGGAACCGACCUCAAUCAUUUGAUGAGUCAGCUUCAGCAGCAAUUGAACUCAGGAGCUCUGAGCCUGCAGGCGCCGGAAAGCUACGGAGGCUCGAUACAAUCGGAGGGCCACAGCGGUUAUAAUGUACAAGAGCAAGCUAUCCCACAGUAUACUUACUCGGCACCUCAACAGCAAUACAGUAUUGCCGAGCAACAGCAUCAACCCAGCAUACCCUCGUACGCCGCCGGUACUAAAGGUCUUGGAUCUUACAGUUCCACAGGCCCAGUCCUGUUCAAUCCUACAGAAGCUAAACAAACGAACGCCCCUUCCUUCAACUACGGUGCUCCUAGUUCUGGCCACUCCUUUGGUUCAGGGGGGCUCAGUUUAGGUAGCGGAGCCCAAUAUUUCGCUGGUGCCCCUGGCUCUUUUGGAGAAUCUCUUGGUGGUGGAUACGCUUUAAGCGGCCCUUACAAAUCUUUCGGAAACAGUUACGCGUCCUCUGGGAAGAACUCUUUUAAACCUUCUGCGUACAUAGGAUCAUCUGUUCAAGCUGACCCAAGCCACGGCAUAUCUGCUCUAUCAAGUUCCUACGGCGCCCCUUCCUUUAGCGGUGCCUCUUCUCAAUCUGGCAGCCAUGGUGCCAUUUCUCUAGGUUCUGCGGGCCAUGGAAUCAGUUUGGGCUCCGGUCACGGCGGUCCUUCACUAGGUUCCAGCCUUAGCGGACACUCAAUAGGAUCAAACAGCCUCGGCGGUCAUUCUCUUGGAUCCAGUAGCUUCGGUGGUCACUCUUUGAGUUCUGGAAGUCUCGGCGGUCAUUCUCUAAGUUCUGGAGGCCUGUCUUUCUCCUCCGGAGGUCAUGGUAGUCAUGGUGCUUUAUCUCUAGGAUCAGGCGGACUCGGUGCGAGUCUCGGAGCAUCUCACGGUGGUUAUGGAGGCGGUUUUGGCGGCGGUUCAUCUAAGUACAUAUCUAAUGCUUACCUUCCGGCUAAAGACAGCUUUGGAUCUCUCUCCUCUCACUCUUCCGGUCUGUAUUCACCACCUGCUACUAGUUACGGUAUUCCUAACUCCGCUCAUGCCGCGUCUUCUCACAUCCCCCAAUACUACAAGUCGCAGCCAUCAUAUAGCUUUGGAGCCGGUAGCUCGUCAUACAAAUCACCCUCAAGCAGCGUCAGCUCCUUAAAAUCUUACCCCAAAUAUAGCUCUGGUGGAUAUAGUAGCCUUAGUUCACAGUACGGAUCUCCUAAAGAUCCUCUUCAAGGUUCUUAUAGUGAGAAUACUUAUAACACAAUAAAAUAUAGCGAGGAACUAAAAGCCAGUCCUCAAUAAAUGACGAGGUCUUUUAGGAGGGAAAUUGAUUGUAAAUAGUGAGUUUGUGUGUGUGUGUGUUUGCGUGUGUUCUGUGGUGUAGGGCGGGUGUUGCCUAAGCGAAAGUGUUUUCAUUGGUAUGAUUUAUUUUCGUAUGUUCUGCUAAUUACUUACUUGACCCGCGCGGGCG